AUGGCCAAGGAAGAAGAACAAUACCAAUCAGUUUAUUCUCCCGAGUCACCAGAUGGGUCUUCGUCAAAGCAACAUUAUAGAGAUCUCGCAUUCAACUUAGUCAAUAGCGCAGUCCAAAGAGGUAACAACUUAGCACAACAAAAACCUGGAAGCAAAAGAGCUCUUGCCGCGAGCACCGCUUCAACACUCUUGGAAAUGAGUUUGGAAAAAUUCAACAGUAAUGGCAAGGGAUUGCCAUCUAACUUGACUGCUGAAGAUAUUCAACAUAUUGCUUCCAUGCCAGAUUCAGCCGAGGAUAGCGAAAGCAGGGCAUCCUCCACAAAUAGUCACUUUGCUGAUCGUAUGAUUGAGAAGUUAUUAAAGUCGACGUUACCAGAGGAUAUCCCUGAGAGAGAAGUAUUUGAGAAGCGGUUACGUGAUCCUGAGAGGAACAAACGUCCUGGAUUAUCAAUUGGAACAUUGACAUCCAAUGUGAAAAAGUUGGCUACCAAGAUGACUGAUUUCUUUGCCUUACAGUAUGCAUUGAUUUACAUUGUCACCUGGAAACAACCAACAAAGACAUUAAGUGUUCUUGUGCUAUACACCGCAGCUUGUCUUUGGCCACACUUGAUUGUAGCCUACCCUUUGAUAUUUCUUCUUUUUGGCGUUCUUAUCCCUGGAUAUGUCCACAGGCAUCCACCAAGACGUCUCGAUUUGAUCAAAGUCAAAAAGAGAGGACAAUCCUUGCUAAGUUUUUUCAACUCCACCUCGGAGUCAAGCAUUGUUGAAGAUAUGGUUGAUGAGGAUUAUUUAAGAGAGGAUGCCGAGGUUGCAUCGUCGACGUAUUCAAUUUCAGAUGAAGCUUCGGAAGUUACCAUCUCAUCUGCUCAAGUAAACACGAGCGAGGCGAAAAGCAGCAACGGAUCAAAAGAGAAGAAGGAGACUGCAAGGCACAGAAAGUCCAAUUUGGAUCUUUUGAUUAACUUACGAGACUUUCAAAACUUGACAUCAGACUUAAUCAAAGGGAUGGAUAAAGGGGAGCAAUUUUACUUUGAGACUGCUGGAUUCAAGGAUGAGAGAUUGUCGACUUUUAUAUUCUAUGGUGUAUUAUUCGCCACGUUUGCCACCUUAUUUCUUGGUCAGUUUAUUCCAUGGAGGGCUAUUUUCAUCCAGUCUGGCUGGGUAGGACUAAUCUUAUGUCACCCAAAAGCCAAAAAGUAUUUGGUUGAUAUGAGCAACACCAGGAAGGCUAGAGCCAGAAAAGCAAAAGAAGAGGCGGAAUUGACACAGGACUCUGACCUGCAAGUUUCUGACAAACCGAAUGGUGAGCAAAGCUCAUCUUUCAUUGAUGAACUUCUCAAUGAUGGGAAGAAAUUUGAUCGCGACGAUAUCAUUGUUGAUGAUGCUCCAGAGGUCAGAAUAGUUGAGGUGUUUCAAUUGCAGAUCAAGAGCAUUUUAAAGCACAAUUGGUCAUUUUAUAGAUAUUCAACAACCAUGUAUGAUACUGAGAAUAAAACUAGGGUUUCUGGAAAGAGACCACAGGGGGUUGAGUACUUGUCUGAGGUGUUACCGCCACAUGAUUGGAAAUUUGAUAUGGGCUUUGUGAACAAGUGGGUGUUGGAUACAAACCCCAAAGCUUUCAUUGAAGAACGAUCUUUGAAACCUGAUUUGUUUAUUGUUAAAGAUAACGAAGAGGAAGGGUGGAUAUAUGACAAUAUGGAGGGAGUUGUUCAUCUGGAUAUCGUUUAUGAAUUCAGGAGAAGGAGACUAUAUAGGGAAUGUUAUAGGUAUGCAAGGCCACACAAAAGGCCCAAGAGUGCACAAAAAUAG